CAAUCCAUCGGUGCCGUAAAGCGAACCCGGAAGUCGCGCGUCCCUGCCAAAGGAACCGGUAGGAAUUUACCGCCCGCAAUGGGGGCGCCUUGCCGCCCCGUCCUGGCUCGGCGUGGCCGGUCCUCGCUGCUAUGGCCGCCGCUGCUGCUGCUAGUGACGGUCGGGGCGUUGCUGAAGCCCGUCCGGGCCUUGCAGAAUGUCACCUCGCAGCUCUUCGGGGCUGAGGCUUUCGGGACGCUGGCCGCCUUCGGGGACUUCAACUCCGACAAGCAGACCGACCUCUUCGUGCUAAGGGGAGGGGAUGUUGUGAUAACCAGUGUAGUUCCUGGUGAUUACGAUGGUGAUUCCCAAAUGGAUGCCCUUUUGACAACUCGUCCACAAGAACAGCCUGAUGCUGACCUAUCCAUCUGGAUUUUCUGGGGAAAUAAUCAAACUUUAGGUAGGCUAUAUCGCAGAAAAUAUUCAUUGAGUUCUUCUACAAAGCAGCUACGAAUAUCCCUAUUCUCGGGUGAAUGUGAGAGGCAAAUGUACUUAAAUUCAGUUUGAACAUAAAGGUUUAGUCCUGGAGUGGUCGGUCCUUGAUGCUCUCUCAGCUUGCUUGUU